GAACGUCAGUGCAUGGGCCGGGCCGGAACCACAAAUCUAACAGUAGCACCUUACUACAACGCCAGAACAACUCUACCAACACACCUUGGAAGUUCCGAAGCGCACCACGCCUUCCGCCCACGUCGUGCCCCGAGCAAACCGCCCGGUCACGUCCCUAGCGAACCGACGACCUCUUCGACAAGCGAACCUCCCGCGCCGCCAUCGUUUCCUUGUCUGUUGGGCCAGGAGCCUUUUUUUCGCACGGUUCCCUGAAUCGCAGCGAUUUCCUGCAGUCGCGAUUCAUGCCCGCACCAUCCCUUUCUCCGUCCGAAUCGCCGUACACCAACGAAGAUGAAGGGAAGCCGCAGUACGCCGCCGCCGGCGACAGGUUCUGCUCCGCUAUCUCCGGCUUCCAAAGGCACAGCGAAGUACACGAACAAGGAUGGGUCCAAAUUCAUAACCGUCCCGAAAAUGAGCAGCCCCGUGGACUCCGCCCAGCCGUCCCCAACAACCGCAUCCUCUCCGAACGCCAAGGCCGUAACGCCGCCCGCUCCUGGAGCUGCACCCGCCCAGCCUGUCAACCGGAAAAAGCAAAAACGUCGUGCAAAAGCCGCUGCGAAGGCCGCCGCCGAGCAAGCCCAGGGCAAUCAGACCGGCAACGGGGUGUCCGCCUUGCAUGGCACCAACGACCAGCAGGCGGCACAUGCUGAUCCUGGAGACGACGAAGGAGAGCACGUUGCCGACCAAAAUGGCCAAGCUCAGACUGCGAACCAGAGUGGGGAUGGACAAGCUGCGACCGGGAAGUCCAAGAAGUCCAAGAAGAAGAAGAAAAAGGGCGCCGCGGCGGCGAGCGCUGAUGAGCCCCACGGAGGCACCCAGUACGCUCAGAACGGUCAGGCCCGAUCGGGUUCCAUGGCUUCCCCAUCGCCCGCUCAGCAGGAGCGCCCCGGGAUCUCGAAAGAGAAAAUAUGGAACACGAGCUCUCAGGAAGAGCGUGAGCGGAUAAAAGAGUUCUGGCUCGGGCUUAGCGAAAGCGAGCGCAAGUCUCUGGUCAAGGUCGAGAAGGACGCCGUCCUCAAGAAGAUGAAGGAGCAGCAGAAACACACGUGCAGCUGUACUGUGUGCGGAAGGAAGCGGACUGCCAUCGAGGAGGAGCUCGAGGGUCUCUACGACGCUUACUAUGAGGAGCUGGAGCAGUACGCAAACCACCCAAACCAAGGCGAUGGGCCUCCGAUGCUGCGGCCCCGCCGGUCGUUUGGCUCGGUGACGGGGGUGCGGCCCCGCGGACUCCCCUCGAGGUAUUCCAGUCGCCAGCCGUCCCAUGGGCGAAUCAUGGAGCAGCUAGGCGACGAUGAAGAAGACGAGGCCGAAGUCGGGGACGAAGGCGAAGGGGAGGGGGGGAUUGAGGAAGUCUAUAGCGAGGAAGGGCUGGAGGACGACAUGUACAGCGAAGAAGAGCCAGAGCCGUCGGAAGAUCUGCACCGAUCCGACUAUGCCGCCGAUUUCUUCAACUUCGGGAAUAGCCUGACCGUGCAGGGUAGGGACAGACUUCCCAUUCUUCCACUAUUUCUGCAGAGUUAUUAUCCCUCUCCGGGGGCUGGCAGUGACGCUUAUGGCUCAUCUUCUAUAGGCGGCAUCUUGACCGUUGCCGACGACCUGCUCAAGAAUGACGGCAAGAAGUUCAUCGAAAUGAUGGAGCAGCUCGCGGAGCGCCGCAUGGCCCGUGAAGAGGAGUCCAGGGACCAGUUUGAAAGGCGCUAUGACCACGCGAAUGGUGACCGUUACGGUCACGGUCACCCGCCGCCGCCUGAGGAGGAAGAGUACGAAGAUGAGGAGGAAGACUACGAGGAGGACGAUGAAGAGGAUUACGACAGCCAAGAAGAAGAGGAUACCAUGACUGAAGGGCAGCGAAUGGAAGAGGGGAGGAGGAUGUUCCAGAUCUUCGCUGCUCGGAUGUUCGAGCAGAGGGUCCUCACGGCAUACCGCGAAAAGGUUGCCAAAGAGCGUCAGGCCAGGCUUCUCGAGGAAAUCGAAGCCGAGAAUCAGCAAGACGCCCAGCGAAAAGCCAAGAAGGCUAAAGAGGCCCAGCGGCGCAAGGACAGGGCUGCUAAGAAGAAGGAGGCGCUGGCGGAAGAGAAGGCUCGAAAGGAGGCCGAAAAGGCUGCAGAAGAAGCAGCGCGCCGAGCCGAGGAGGCUCGUAAAGCUGAAGAACAACGACUUAAGGCCGAAGAGAAACGGAAGAAGCGAGAGGCCCAGCGCAAGGCGGAGGAGGAGGAACGCCAGCGUAAGGAAGCUGAGCGUCUCCGCAGGAAUCAGGAACGGGAAGAAAACGAGCGCAAGAUUCGUGAGGCCAAAGAACGGGAAAAGAAGGCCCGUGAGGAGGCGCGCCAGCGGGAGAAAGAAGCCCGAGAGCGGAAGGAGCGCGAAGCUCGCGAGAGACGAGAACAGCAGGAGCGUGAACGGCGAGAGAAGGAAGCCAAGGCGAAAGCUGAGCGGGAGGCCAGGGAGGCGAGGGAGGCGAAGGAAGCGAAGGAGGCCAAGGAGGCCAAGGAGGGAAAAGACACCAAAGAGAGGCGGAAAAACGAGGAGAGGGCGGCACAGAGAGCACCAAACCUCCCAGCGGCUGUUCCGGUGCCCGUUACCGUCCCCAAACGAGUUGCGCCCCAACAACCGCCGGCCCCUCCUGUGGCAGCCGUUCCGGUGCUUCCACAACAGAUGCCGACAUCCUUCGCGUCUCCACAGAUCCCCGUGGCUACUCCGACGUUCCCGAAGGCUCCGACGCCCAUGCGUAUCCGCCAGGCAUCGCAGCAAGAAAGCGCCACAACGUCCUCGGGGCCAGCAUCGAAUUCGAGCCAGAAUCCAUCCCCUCACUCGGCUACGCCGUUACACGCCAGCCCCGGCCCGAUAGCGCCUCCACACAAGACUGGGCCGGCCGGUCCUAGUGCGCAGAGCGGCGCCCACCCACACCCACCAUCUCAUUCAGCGUCCCCCAUCAACUUCCCAGCUAAGUCGCCGUCCUCGCAGCCCGGCCCUUUCGGUGCCCCGCCGAUGGGUGCUGCUAUGUCUUUCCCGCCCGGCUUAGCCCAGGCCCCCCCUGGAUUCGGCAGCGCCGUCCAUCGCGAUUCACUGUUCUCCCCUCCUGUGCCUGGUUUCAGGCCGGCGCCGGGGAUGAUGCCGAUGCCGCCUGGACUUGGUGGCCCGGUCGGAAAUCGGGGGUUCCCCAUUCAUCCUCCGCCAGGAUUCCAUGGGCCUAUGGAGUCUCCAGUUCCGACUAUGGCGCAUAUGAUGGGUCCUGGCAUGCAGAACGAGAGUCCAUCUUCCCACUCGCGCCAGGGUUCCGGAAGUCUUGAUGUGGAUGCCUCACAGCCCAUCAGUCGCCCGACGCCAAUCGGCCGGCCCGCCAGCGUGGUCCAGGGUCAACGGCCCGCCAGCGGGUCACCGUCGGCCGGACCGCCGAACUCCGAAGCAGAUACCCAACUCGGGAGCCGAGCGCUUUUGGACGACAUGGAUGAGGGGUUGCCAGACUUCCCAGGGCGCCUGUCUCGGGGCGCUUCUGCCCCCGGACCUCGUCCGGCGGCUGGCUUCCCCAUGGCCCCGUUCGGGAUGGACCCUAUCUUCCCCUUGCACAUGAACCCUUGGGGACCGCCAGGUGGUCUGCAGCCGAACCCGUUCGGCCCUCUCCCGCCUCCCGGUUUCAACCACAGCCCGUUGAGCCUCCACGGUGGCCCGAUAAACGCACCUUGGCCCGCGCCUCCAGGGUCGAGCUUUGGGGGCCAGGCCGUUGUCGACCGGCUGAUCGAACCUCGGUCAGUAGCGGUGCGGAAGAUGCUUCGUCGGGCUUGCGAGGAUCUCGGUGCGGUCAAGAACAAGCAGGAUGAGAAUAAGGCUGAAGCCGGCCUUGAUUUCGUCCCUCUGGAGAGGAUCAAAGCGCAAGUCGAAAUGCUCCACCACGGCCAUCCGGUGGACGAGAAGGAGCUCCUCGAUAUUUGCGAAACCGAAGGCAAUGAGGUCAACGGCGGCGGCAGCUUCGACGUAUGGGAAGACAGCCAAGGCAGGAAGUCGAUCAGGUUCGUGUCGGGCACCGAGCGGACAACGCCGCAGCCGGUCCAGAAGGCUGUCGGCCACCCGGGGAGUCCGAUUGGCGCCGGAGCCGGAGGCCUGGUCGGCGGCAGCCGCUAGGACUGGCCGUAUCCGGCCGCACCUUGCAGCCACGAAGAGUGGAGGCAGCUCUAGCGAAGUCUUGCCCGAGGAAGCAUGUGACGCUGGCCUGGCUUAGAACUGGCCUGCCUCCGUCCACUUCAGCCUGCGGUUAUGACAGGAGAGGCAAUGUGCCGUCGGAGCUGUUUUACGUCUGGCGCACCUGGGACCGGGGGGAAACCUACCACACGGUAUACC